AUGCUAAAAAAUGUAUUUCAUCGAUUCUCUUCUAGCUGGAUAUUAUCCGAGAAAGUUCUUGCAGAGAAAGAUCGUGUUAUAAAUGAAAUUCAUCUUAAUGAAGUUAAACGCCAAAAAGAAGGCAUAGAACUGAUUGCUUCAGAGAAUUAUCCAUCAAGAGCAUGCUUAGCUGCAUUAUCAACACACUUUAACAAUAAGUAUGCGGAAGGAUAUCCAGGUGCUCGCUAUUAUGGAGGCACCAAAUACGUUGAUGAACUUGAGAAUGAAACAAAAAGACGUGCUCUAGAUCUAUUCAACUUGAAUCCUAAAGAAUGGGGUGUUAACGUGCAAGCCCUUUCUGGAUCUCCUGCAAAUUUAGCUGUUUAUACGGCUUUAUUAAACCCAGGUGAUACAUUUAUGGGAUUGAAGCUGAGUGACGGUGGACAUUUGACACAUGGCCACAAGUUAAAGGCUAAGAAGGUCAGUUCUUCUUCAAUAUUCUGGAAUUCCGAACAAUAUACGUUAAAUCCAAAAACAUCUUUAAUUGAUUUCGAGAAAUUAGAGCAGAAAGCUAAAGAACUACAUCCAAAGCUCAUUGUUGCCGGUGCAAGUGCCUAUCCUCGCUUUAUUGACUUCAAAGAAUUCAGAAAAAUCUGCAAUCAAACAAAUUCGAUCUUAAUGAGCGAUGUUGCACAUUACAGUGGACUUAUUGCAGCAGGUUUAUACCCUUCUCCAUUCGAAUAUUCCGAUAUUGUCACUACUACAACUCAUAAAACUCUCAGAGGUCCAAGAGGAGCUUUAGUUUUCUUCAAAAAGGAAUAUGAGAAGAAGAUUAACAGUGCUAUAUUCCCAACUCUUCAAGGAGGACCUCAUCUUCAUCAAAUUGCUGCUAUUGCUGUUGCAUUAAAAGAAGCAAAGUCAGAAGAUUUCAGAAAUUACCAAAAACAAGUUCUCAAAAACAUUAAGGCUCUUUGCGACUAUUUACAACAAAAUAAUAUUGAUAUCGUCAGUGGAGGAACAGAUAGCCACAUGGCGUUGAUUGAUUUGAGAAGAUAUAACGUUGAUGGAGCAAGGGUUGAGUUCGUUUUGGACCAAAUGGGUAUUACUACAAACAAAAAUACUAUUCCUGGUGGUUCCGUAGGAUUGAGAGUUGGAUCUCCAGCUAUGACAUCCAGAGGACUUGAUGAAAAUGAUUUUAAGAAGAUUGCCGAGUUUAUCGUCAAAGGAGUCAAAAUUUCAAAGGAAAUUAAAUCAAAAUCUGGCAAGAAAUUGUCUGAUUUCAAGAAAUUGGCGAAAAACAAUGAUAAUAUUAGGGAAAUAAAGAAGACAGUUACGUCAUUCGCUUCAAAAUUCCCUCUUCCUGGAUAUGAUGAUUAA